AUGGCGCUCAACUCCAUGGGCAGCAACGCCCAGUUUGCUCAGGCUUCCCUACCGUCGCUACCCGCCCACCUGCAGUCCGACACGCAUUUGACCGCCCACCUGGCAAGCCGCUUCCAUGCACACCACCCGACUGCCCAGCUGUCGUCCCAUGCCGUCGUUGCGCUCAACACCUACUCGUCAUCUGCUCGCGGUCCGGAUGGCGGGAAGGAGGGCAGUGCCAUGGAUGCCACCCAGGACCUGGCAAAGCGGGCUUGGGCCAGGCUGGGACAUCGCAGUGAGAAUCAAGCCGUGGUCUUUCUCGGUGAAUCCGGCGCCGGAAAGACGACGCUGCGAUGCCAUCUCCUCUCCGCGCUUCUCUCCUACUCCUCCACGCCUCUUUCCGCUAAGCUUUCAUAUGCAUCCUUCGUCUUCGAUACGCUUACGAGUACAAAAUCGCUUACCACGCCGAUUGCGUCAAAGGCCGGUCUUUUCCUUGAGCUUCAAUACGACACAACUUCUUCCACACAUCCCACUCUGAUCGGUGGCAAGAUCCUGGAUCACAGGCUUGAGCGCAGCAGGAUUGCGUCCGUUCCUACCGGAGAGCGGAGCUUCCACGUUCUUUACUACCUCCUUGCGGGCACCAGCCCGGCAGAGAAGGAGCAUCUCGGUCUUAAUGUUGGACUGGCCGAAGCUGGGAGCAGAAUCUCUACGGGUGGUUCCAAGCGAUGGCGCUACCUCGGCCAUCCCACUCAGAUGAAGGUUGGUGUAAAUGACACCGAUGGAUUCCAGCAGUUCAAGAACGCCCUGAGGAAGCUCGAGUUCCCCCGUAGCGACAUUGCCGAGAUUUGCCAGAUUCUCGCCGCCAUUCUGCACAUCGGAGAGCUUGACUUUGUCACUGGCAAGUCCACUACUCCCACUGGCGAUGAUAGCGGUGGUUACUCCCAUGAGGGCGGAGAGGAUGUUACCGUCGUAAAGAACAAGGGCGCGCUCCAAAUCGUCGCUGCGUUCUUGGGUGUUGCCCAAGAGGACUUGGAGAUCAGUCUUGGAUACAAGUCUAAGACUCUUCACCGUGAACGUGUAACGGUCAUGUUGGAUCCCAAGGGUGCUCGCCAGAAUGCCGAUGAGCUGGCCCGGACACUGUACUCGCUGCUCGUCGCGUACGUCAUGGAGACCGUCAACCAGAGGAUCUGCGCUCUCGAGGACUCGGUCGCCAACACCAUCUCCAUCGUUGAUUUCCCCGGUUUUCAACAAGUCUCCUCCACAGGAUCCCGUCUGGAUCAGUUGCUUAACAACGCUGCAGCGGAAUGCUUUUACAACUACGCACUGCAAAACUUCUUCGAAAAACAGGAGGAGUUCCUGUCAGCCGAGGAGGUGAGCAUUCCUCAGACCAGCUACUUCGACAACUCCGAUGCGGUGAAGGGUCUCCUCAAGCCUGGCGUCGGUCUUCUCAGCAUUCUCGACGACCAAAUGAGACGUGGGAAGACCGAUACGCAGUUCCUCGAGGCCCUGAGGAAGCGUUUCACCAACAAGAACCCGGCUAUCCUCGCUGGUAGCACGACUACGGUCAUGCCGGGUAGCAACUUCGCGACACACAAUGCCUCUGCCUCUUUCACCAUCAAGCAUUUCGCCGGUGAGGUUGACUAUCCAGUUGAAGGUCUGCUUGAGGAGAACGGCGACAUCAUCUCUGGUGAUCUUCUCAACCUUAUCAACAACACCCGGAGCGACUUUGUCCGCGAGCUCUUCCAUCAGGAUGCUCUUAAUACCGUCGUGCACCCGAAGGAAAGGACCGCUGUUGUUCAAGCAUCCGUCAGUUCCAAGCCGACUCGCAUGCCUAGUAUGGCAAAGAGGAAGGGUGAUCGCCCGGCCCGGUUUGGUUCAGUCCGGAGACCUGCUGAGGAAUCAGAUGAUGAUGCUCGCAGCGAAGUUUCUCGGUCAAACAAGCGCAAGGCCGCUGCUGGCAAACAAGCUGGUGCAGCUGGACAAUUCCUGGUGUCCCUCGAGAACAUCACCAAGUCGAUUGCUGUCUCGGACACCAACCCUUACUUCGUCUUCUGCUUAAAGCCCAACGACCGGAGAAUCGCGAACCAGUUCGACAGCAAAUGUGUUCGAUCGCAGAUUCAAACUCUCGGUGUUGCUGAGAUCAGCCAGCGUCUCCGCAACGCAGAUUUCAGCAUCUUCCUUCCCUUCAGCGAAUUCCUUGGCCUCGCUGAAGCCGAGACCGUUGUUGUCGCGAGCGAACGGGAAAGAGCCGAGAUGAUAUUAGACGAGAAGGGUUGGGCAUCAAACGAAGCGCGGGUCGGAGCCACGGGUGUCUUCAUCAGUGAGCGCUGCUGGAUAGAGAUAGCCAACAUCCCUGACGUUGUCCCUGCUGGCGGCAGCCGCUACAUCGGCGGGGAUAUGGAUGGAGCGAGCGGAGAUGGCCUUCUUACGCCUGCCGACGCAACAAGAGGUUACGGCGAUUCUCGGGUCAACCUGAUGGGUACGCCGUCUCCAGGCCAACUGUACAGUGAUGACAAAGCAAGCUACUUCGGCAGCCGCGAGCUUGAUGCGCGCUCGGAGGCCGGAGCUUCUGCAAUCAACGGCGGCGACAUGUUCCGCAACCUCGAAACUCGCGAGCAAAUGGCCGAGAAGGGCAAUGAAAUCAAGAUGGAGGAAGUCGAGACGCACAAAAUCUCCGGGAGCCGUAAGAGAUGGAUGUUCUUCGUCAAGUGCCUUACUUUCUGGACUCCCGACUGGGCAAUCAGGAAGAUCGGCAGGAUGACUCGCCCAGAUGUUCGUAUUGCUUGGAGAGAAAAGCUCGCCAUCAACAUGCUCAUCUGGCUGUUGUGCGCCAUGGUUAUUUUCUUCAUGAUCGGGUUUCCCAUGCUUAUCUGCCCUACUCAGCACGUCUACUCGGAGUCUGAGCUCACAUCCUACAACGGCAAGAAUGGCGAGGGUUCGUACAUUGCCAUUCGUGGCAUUGUCUAUGACCUGGCCGCUUUCAUGCCUGUUCACUAUCCCAGUAUCGUUUCGACUACAUCGCUGAAGAAAUAUGCGGGCAAGGAUGCCACGAACAUCUUCCCCGUUCAGGUGUCGGCUCUUUGCAAUGGAAAGGACGGCACAAUUCAUCCAUCGGUCCAGCUCGACUACAAGAGGAACAACUACUCGAGCAGCGACUCAACGGUCAGCACUACAGAUGACAAUGCCAGGUACCACGACUUCAGAUGGGCCACAAAUGACAGCCGGCCAGAUUGGUUUUGGGAGCAGCAGACUUACAUGAAAGCCAACUACAUGAAGGGUCGCGUCGGCUACAGCGCUCAAUAUGUCAAGACUCUCGCCAAGAAGCAGAACUCGGUUGCUAUCCUGAACAACAAGGUCUACGACUUCACGUCUUAUCUCGUUGGUGGCCGUGACCCACAGUUCCCUUGGUGGUACAACGGUACCACGACCGGUAUCGACUCAGACUUCAUGGAUAACGAUUUGGUGACGCUGUUCCAAACAAGAGCUGGCCAGGACAUCUCAAAGUAUUGGGACGCGCUGAACUACAACACGUCAAUGCGGGCCAACAUGCAGGGCUGUCUCGAUUACCUCUUCUACGUCGGUGAUGUCGACACGCGUAACUCCACCCGCUGUGUUUUCGCCAAGUGGCUUCUCCUCGGUAUCUCGAUUCUCUUGGUCUCCGUCAUCGGUUUCAAGUUCUUGGCUGCGCUCCAGUUCACCAGAAAGACUGUGCCCGAAAACCUGGAUAAGUUCGUCAUCUGCACGGUUCCGGUGUACACUGAAGAUGAAGAUUCUCUGCGUCGUGCCAUCGACUCUGCCGCCCGUAUGAAGUACGAUGACAAGCGCAAGCUCCUCUUCAUUGUCUGCGACGGCAUGAUUAUCGGACAAGGUAACGACAGACCCACGCCCAGGAUUGUCCUUGACAUUUUGGGUGUCUCUGAAGCAGUCGAUCCUGAGCCCUUGAGCUUCGAGAGUUUGGGAGAGGGUAUGAAGCAGCACAACAUGGGCAAGAUCUACUCGGGUCUGUACGAGGUGCAGGGUCACAUCGUUCCGUUCGUCGUGGUUGUCAAGGUCGGCAAGCCGUCCGAGGUCCAGAAGCCUGGCAACCGUGGUAAGCGCGAUUCCCAGAUGGUUCUCAUGCGCUUCCUCAACCGCGUCCACUACAACCUGCCGAUGACGCCCAUGGAGCUCGAAAUGCACCACCAGAUACGAAACAUCAUUGGAGUCAAUCCGACGUUCUAUGAGUUCAUUCUGCAGAUCGACGCCGAUACUGUCGUUGCACCGGAUGCCGGCACUCGCUUCGUGGCAUCCUUCCUUCACGACACACGCCUGAUCGCCGUCUGUGGUGAAACGGCACUCAGCAACGCCAAGUCAUCGUUUGUUACCAUGAUGCAGGUGUACGAGUACUACAUCUCGCACAACCUGAUCAAGGCUUUCGAAUCUCUCUUUGGUUCCGUUACUUGCUUGCCGGGUUGUUUCUCCAUGUACCGAAUCCGUGCCACCGAAACCGGAAAGCCUCUCUUCGUCAGCAAGGAAGUCGUCGAUAACUAUGCCGUCAACCGUGUCGACACGCUCCACAUGAAGAAUCUGCUGCACCUCGGUGAAGACAGAUACCUGACGACGCUCUUGCUCAAGCAUCACCCUGCGUUCAAGACCAAGUACAUCAUGCGUGCGCACGCGUGGACCAUCGCUCCGGACAGCUUCGCGGUUUUCAUGUCUCAACGUCGUCGCUGGAUCAACUCGACGGUGCACAACCUCAUCGAGCUUAUUCCAUUGCAACAGCUGUGCGGUUUCUGCUGUUUCAGCAUGAGAUUUGUCGUUUUCCUGGAUCUGCUCUCGACCAUUGUCCAGCCUGUCAUCGUCGGCUAUCUCGUCUACAUGAUUGUUCUCCUAGCCACUCACCCAGAUACCGUUCCGAUCAUGACGUUCAUCUUGCUCGGCGCAGUCUACGGUCUGCAGGCCAUCAUUUUCAUCGUGCGCCGCAAGUGGGAGAUGAUUGGUUGGAUGCUCAUCUACAUCUGCGCCACGCCCAUCUUUUCGCUUGGUCUGCCGCUGUACAGUUUCUGGCACAUGGACGACUUCUCGUGGGGUAACACCCGUGUCGUCACUGGCGAAAAGGGCCAACAGAUUGUCGUCUCGGACGAGGGCAAGUUCGACCCGAACAGCAUCCCGAAGAAGAAGUGGGAGGAGUACCAGACCGAGCUCUGGGAAGCCCAGACUCAGCGAGACGACCGCUCCGAAAUCUCGGGCAUGUCGUAUGGAACAAAGGCCUACUGGGGCGGCAACGGUGGUUCUGGAUCUGAAUACGGCUACCCGCCUUCGCGUCCCAUGUCUCGCCUGGAGCCUCCGCGCUUCGGCAAUAAUUCUCGUCUUUCGCUCGCACACUCCAACUACGGCUACGGUGACGGCAUGGAGAUGUCCGACAUGAACGGUCCGUUACCGAACGAAGAUGCUCUGCUCGCCGAGAUCAGGAACAUCUUGAGCACGGCAGAUUUGAUGACCGUCACCAAGAAGAGCAUCAAGGUGGAGCUCGAGCGCAGGUUUGGUGUCAAUCUGGAUCCGAAGAGGCACUUCAUUAGCAGUGCCACGGAGGCCAUUCUGAGCGGUCAGAUGUAA